GGCGCGAGUCCAGCCCCACUGGUGUGUGCAGGGGACUGCGCGCUCCUCGUCUGUGGCCCUUUCGGCACGGGCGCCGAGCGCUCCGGGAGACGGCGCGCCCUCGCGCCCGGAGCCAUGGGCAAGAGCCGCAGGGGCGGCGACGGCGGGGGCGCCAGCUCGAGGCCGAAGGGCCCAGCGGGCGGCGGGCGCCGGCGGCGGCAGGAGAAGAACUUCAAGAAGCGCUCCGCGAGGGAGCUGCAGCAGCAGCUGGCGGGCUUGCAGGAGGACGGUGUUGUCCUUCGAUGGGCACGCACCUCCCGCGCCGGUACCCCAUGGGGUCGGCGGCCUUCCCCUCCAACCUGGAGUCGUACUGCCACAGGAUCGGCCGCGUCGGCCGCCAGGGGUCGAAGGGCUGGUCCCUGUCCUUCUUCACGCGGAACCUGCAGCCCAUGGCCGGGAGCCUCGCGGCGCUGCUGGAGCGGUGCGGCCAGUGGGUGGACCCGAACUUGCGCGAGCUGGCGGACCCAUCCCUGGACCUCCGACGCCGUACCGCUUUCAGUCCGUAG